CCCCCCCCCACCCCACUGUACCUGUCUCCGCCUUCCAGAUCGCCCGGACGCGAUGUCCCUCUCAUCGACGGCAAUCUUGGCCGGGGCGAUUGCCAUCUGCGCUGGCAUCGGCACGCACCGCGCCAUCCCCGCCAUCCAGGACACCUUCAUGCGGGCGGGCCUCUUCGGCCAUGAUGUUCAUAAGCCCGGUCGCCCGAAGCUCCCCGAGAGUUUGGGCACCGUGGCGGCGGCCAUCUACCUGGUGGCGUUGCUGCUGUUUGUCCCCUUCCUGCCGAUCGCUCCGCGCUUCAUCGGCGGCAACGGCUGGGCCGAGUGGGCUGCCUCCUCGGAGCUUGCCCACCUGUCCCUGGCCAAGCUGACCGAGUACCUUGCAGCCCUGUUGAGCAUCGGGUCGAUGGCCUUCCUCGGCUUCGCAGACGAUGUGCUGGAGCUCCGCUGGAGGCACAAGCUGGCCAUGCCAGCCUUGGCCUCGCUCCCAUUGCUGGUGGUCUAUUACGCCACGUACAAUCACACGGAGGUCCUCCUGCCGCGAGUGGUUCGCCUGGCCGGGCGGCUGGUCCUCGGGGGCGCGGCCCUGCCCGGGCGCACCGUCCAGCUGGGCCUGCUAUACUACCUUUACAUGGGUGCCCUGGCGGUCUUCUGCACGAACGCCAUCAACAUCCUGGCCGGCAUCAAUGGCCUGGAGGUGGGCCAGUCGCUGGUGGCCGGCGGGGCCCUGGCGGCGCAUCUCCUGUGCCAGCUCUUCCUGCCGGCCGGGUUGCUCGGGGCCGCGGCGGCCAACGGCGGCGGCGCCUCCGGCCCGGGGACCACGCUGACCGACGAAAAUCACCUCCUGGCCUUGGUGCUGCUGCUGCCCUUCCUCGGGGUGAGCUAUGCCCUGUACCUGCGCAAUCGGACCCCGGCGGCGGUCUUUGUCGGGGACGCGUAUUGCUACUUCGCCGGGAUGACCCUGGCCGCGUGUGGCAUUGUCGGCCAUGCGGGCAAGACCCUCCUGCUCUUUAUGCUGCCGCAGGUGUUCAACUUCCUGCUGAGUGCCCCGCAGUUGUUCGGGUUCCUGGAGUGCCCGCGGCAUCGAAUGCCUCGCAAUGCCGAGGACCCGGAUGCCAUGGCGGCCGACAGCGCGGAGCAGCAGCAGCAGCAGCAGCAGCAGCAGCAGCAGCAGCAGCAGCAGCAGUCCGGCCGGCCCCGGCGACCGCUCCUCCUGACGGCCAGCCGGGGGAGUCUGAUUACGGCCGGGUCGGCCCGGCGCCUGGGCAUUCGCCUGCGACACGCGACGCCGGAGGAUCGGCUGGCGGCCGGGCGCGAGCUGGCGGCCGUCGCGCGCCGGGCUCUGGCCGGCGACCGGGAAAUCCUGGCCCGAUUGACCUGGCGCAAUCGCGUGGGAUUGCACCUGGCGCGCUUGCUCCAGGCCGUCGGCUUGACUCGCAUCGAUUCGGCCAAGGGGGAGUUCAUCAACCUGACCUUGCCGAAUUUGAUGCUCCUCCAUCGUGGGAACAUGGCCGAGGGCGACCUGACCGCGGCCCUUCUCCAGGCGCAGGCCCUGUGGAUCGGCUUGGCCUUUGCGAUCCGGUAUCCGGGCGCGGCGCUGGCGUACCACACGUGAUCGUCCCCUUCAAUAUAGACUGCUGUUAGCCG